ACGUUCAGUGGAGUUCCUGUUUACGAGAUCGGAGACUCCGUCAUUGUCAGUUGUCAGUUUUGUCAUUCAUUCACGUCUUCGAAGGGGUCAAGUUAUCAAGUUCUUACUGGUUUAAGAAGUCCACAUUUCAGGUGGGAUGUCCAGCCCCUCCCCUUCUUCAGCACAAUCAGGCUCAUCGGGUGUUGGAAAUGUAACAGAAGGUCAGGCAAGGCUUCAGUGUGUCCGAAUGUCUGACCCAGCAGCACGUUCAAGACCAGGGAUUCCUGAUGGUGCACAUAGCUCUGCUGCUAGUGCCAACAAGUCCAGUGCAAAAUCUGCCAAGAACCUCAGUACAUCAGGGAGAAGAUUACAAAGAGAACUUGCAGAAAUCACACUUGAUCCUCCUCCAAACUGCAGUGCAGGACCCAAGGGUGACAACUUGUAUGAGUGGACGUCCACCAUUCUAGGUCCAAAAGCAUCUGUGUAUGAAGGCGGUGUGUUUUUCUUGGACAUUCAGUUCACCACAGACUACCCCUUCAAACCUCCUCGGGUGAUAUUUCGAACUCGAAUUUACCACUGCAAUAUUAGUAGCCAGGGAGCAAUUUGCCUUGACAUACUCAAAGACAAUUGGAGUCCAGCCUUAACCAUUUCAAAGGUUUUGUUAUCCAUUUGUUCUCUGCUGACUGACUGCAACCCCAAUGACCCCCUGGUAGGAAGCAUUGCCCAGCAGUACUUGACCAAUAGAGAGGAGCAUGACCGAACUGCUCGCCAGUGGACAAAGAGAUAUGCUACAUGAUGCAGCAUUUUCUGCUGUGUUUUUUCUUACAACUUUAAAAUGAGAAGUGAAAUGCUUGUAUGGCAGGUUUGAAUGUUGUAUUUUCCAUUGAAAAUGAAAUGAACGUAACAUUUUUUCAUUUUAUGAUUUUUUCCCCCGUUUUAUUUUGGACAUGAAGGUAACAGGAUAUUAUCACAUGCCUGUCUCUUUGUUUUGUGUUCACAAAUGUUCAACCUCCUGUAUUUUGAAGCUUAAAAUUCAUGAUUUGCAGUUUUCCCUUUGGGGGGGGGGGGGGGGGACAUGAGAAACCAUACAGUAGAGUAAGUGACUCGACUGUACCUUAUGUCUAACUUGUAAUUUUUUUGUCUGUGACAUGGUAGACUUUUGUAUGUUUGAGUCACAUGUAUUGUUUGACAUUUUAAAAGCUUGAACUUUUAUCAGUCAAUGCAUGAUGGUCUAAGUCUAAGCAGCUUCCUGCUUUCUAAAACAUUAUGUCCAGCCUGAUGGAGAGCCUUGAAACUUUUUACACGUGUGUCAGGAAAUACAGGAUAUCUAUGUAUCAAACGCAAAAGUCAGAAAAAGUCGCGCCAAAAUUUUGAACUAUUUUUUUCAUCCAUCGGAUAAACCUUUGGCAUUUGCAGCACUGUUUGUUUAUCAUCUUCCUCAAAGAAACAUUUUUUCAGCUUUCUUGAUUUUUCAAUAAUGUAGAAAAAUCUUAUCUCUACGGUACUGCUUUUGUUUAUAGCUUUUUUAAUUAAUUCCCUUUGCACUCUAUUGUGAAAUGUUUUAUGAAUGUGAAUUUGAAAAUGAUGUUCUACCACAAAUGCUUUCUUAGUUUUAACUUUUCCGGAUAACACAGUUUAGAUGGGGGCACCAUCUCUUGGUACCAGGUUUUUGGAGCAGUGUUAACAUAGUUUGAAUGAAUGGGUAAGGGGUACAUGUAGUUAUUAUAUUUUGACUAAAUAACACCAUAUUUGCAUGGAUUUAGUCUUGUACCGUUAAGGAAAUGCUUGAAUUUUUGUAUUACAAAAUGCUCGUAAUGCUGCUCAUGAAGUUCUUCAAUAAGAUUUAUGCUGUUGAAUCAUUUUAUAAUGCUUUUGGGGGAAGUAUUAUAUUUUCUUUUUGUUCAGGGAAAAAAAGAUCUCUCCUGAACGGGGAAAACAUUCGAGCAAAGGAGAAAGGCACAUAAAGCAUAAAGAUCCAGCAUAUUUGCAUCUCAAUGACUAGACUAAUGAUAAACUUUUUUAAUUGUUUACCCAGUGUUGAAAUUUUAUUUCUUGGUUUCAGUCAUGUGGUGGCUGUAAGGUUUGGUACGUGUAUAUGUGAUUGAGUUUUUGUCUGUCUGAGAUGUUAAUAAACUUUGAUCUUAAAUGCCA